UCCCCCCCCUCCAUAUCAUGUGAUUCAGGUGCUCCAAUCCCCUCCAUAUCAUGUGAUUCAGGUGUUCCAAUCCCCUCCAUAUCAUGUGAUUCAGGUGUUCCAAUCCCCUCCAUAUCAUGCGAUUCAGGUGUUCCAAUCCCCCCCAAUCAUGUGAUUCAGGUGCUCCAAUCCCCUCCAUAUCGUGUGAUUCAGGUGUUCCAAUCCCCUCCAUAUCAUGUGAUUCAGGUGUUCCAAUCCCCUCCAUAUCAUGUGAUUCAGGUGUUCCAAUCCCCUCCGUAUCAUGUGAUUCAGGUGUUCCAAUCCCCUCCAUAUCAUGUGAUUCAGGUGCUCCAAUCCCCUCCGUAUCAUGUGAUUCAGGUGUUCCAAUCCCCUCCAUAUCAUGUGGUUCAGGUGUUCCAAUCCCCUCCAUAUCAUGUGAUUCAGGUGCUCCAAUCCCCUCCAUAUCAUGUGAUUCAGGUGCUCCAAUCCCCUCCAUAUCAUGUGAUUCAGGUGCUCCAAUCCUCUCCAUAUCAUGUGAUUCAGGUGUUCCAAUCCCCUCCAUAUCAUGUGAUUCAGGUGCUUCAAUCCCCUCCGUAUCAU